AUGCGUCUCCAGUCUGCUCCGGGGUUGUCCAAAGGCCACCCUGGCAUUCUACACCAAUAUGCGCAUCGAUUGGUCGCGUUCGAGUACAUUCGCGGUUCUCGUCCUAAACCUCACUCUCUCGUCUUCAUAGGCGGUCUCUCCGAUGGUUUGCAUACGGUCGAAUACCUCUCUGACAUCAUUCUCGCCCUCCAAGACAGCGACUGGUCCGUCGUCACACCACUUCUCUCCUCCUCGUACACUGGCUGGGGCAUGAGCUCUCUUGGACAGGACAUUGACGAAAUUGCUCAGUGUGUUGGGUAUAUACGCAACCAGAAAAUGUCGUUGUAUGGACACGGAAAGGUGGUGAUCAUGGGCCAUUCCACGGGCAGCCAGGACGUGAUGCAUUAUAUCAGUUGCGCCAACCCGCGACCCUAUCACCCCAUUGUGGAUCGCGGAAUCCCUGAAGAUCGCUACGCAGGAAUCACCAGACCUUCAGUUGAUGGAGCAAUCAUGCAGGCGCCAGUUUCCGACCGGGAGGCGGCUCUGUGGGUGAGCAAGACAGGGACCGAGUUCGACAGUCCGGAGGUGAUACAGGAGGUGUACCGGAAGACCAUUAAGGAAGCGCAGAAACGAACCUAUGAGACUGGCAGUGGCGACGAAACCUUGGUCUAUGACACAAUCGUACCCUUAGCGACCACGAGUCGCAUGUAUUACCCCGCGGAUACGCCCCUCAGCAGCCGUCGGUUUUUGAGUCUGCUUAGUCCGCAAAGCCCGCACCAACCGGACGAGGACGACCUGUUCAGCUCAGAUCUUGCGGAUGAACAAUUACAAAAGACCUUUGGGAUGGUUCGAACCCGCGGGGUUCUGCAUCCGAGGGCGAAGUUGAUGGUGCUCUAUUCUGGGAGGGAUCAGUCCGUUCCCCCAUGGGUCGACAAGGUCGCCUUAUUGCAUCGAUGGCAGACGAUCCUGGGCGAGGGGGCGUGGCAUCACAACAGCACAAUCAUCCCAGGCGCAUCGCACGCUCUGAGUGACCCUGAUCAGGCGGAGCCCAGACGAAUCCUGGUGGAAAGGGUAACAGGAUAUUUGCAGGACAUGGAGAAAUUAUAG